AAUAAUGUAGUGAAGAUGGCUAGAUAAUGUGUUCUUUUGGAAUGUAGUAGUAGAAAAUUUUUCUUUGUACAGUAAUUCGGUAUGAUAAAUGCAAAUAAGAACAUAUUAUUUACAGCUACAGUUUUAGCGUUUUGUGUAAUAUUGUUUGUGCAUAUGUUUUUAUUUCCCUUGUAUACGGUAACUCCAAGUUCUAGUUCUUUAAAAUUUUUUAUAGACUUUGAAAAAUCGUUGUGUUCCAGUAGUUCUCUAAAACCGAAAAAAAGUUGGACUAAACAGCAGUGCCCCAAGUAUGGAGUGGUUACUACAAUGCAAGGAGGUCGCCUUGGUAAUCAAAUGUGGGAAUAUGCAUCUGUUUGGGCCGUUGCUCGGCGUACAGGGUUGGAGCCCUAUAUUCCACGAUGUAUUCGUAUUAAACUUGACCAAGUAUUUGAUUCACUUUCAGUGCCAACGUUUGAAGAAAUCGCUCAUUGUCCGAUUGACAUGGGCACCUUCGUGAAGUCUCUGGAUGCAUGGAAUUAUACGUAUCAGAGUAUAGUAUUACCACGUUAUUCAGUUCAACCAGAAGUAGUGUUAACAUGGGUCCAAGAUAUCAUACAAGAAUUUAGUUUGAAAAAAAAAUUUAUCCAUAAAAGUCAAAAUAUGUUGCGAUUAGUUUCUAAGAAUCACACCCGGUGCACUUUCGUAGGAGUGCACGUUCGGCGAACAGAUUAUGUUUCUUAUUUGUGGAGAAAGUAUUCGAUACCUCCUGCAAGUCCCAACUUUUACUACUCUGCUAUGCGAUAUUUUGAAGCAAAGUAUUUUAACGUCAUCUUUAUCAUUGUGAGUGAUGAUCCCGCAUGGUGCAUUCAAACGUUUAGACAAAAACAAAACAUUUACAUCACAGGUAAAAAAUUUAUUAAUUCUCCAUCUUUAGAUUUAGCCAUUUUGAGUUCUUGUAAUCAUUCUAUAAUUGACUACGGUACAUUUGGAGUGUGGGGUGCUAUUUUAGCCGGAGGUGAGACAAUUUUUUAUAACAUUAGUCAACGAUCUACUGUUCGAUUAGCACAGAUCUUACCUAAUUGGCAUACGAUUGCCUAAGAAAGGUAUUUUUAGAAAAUGAAGCCUAAAAAAGCAAAAUUUAGAUUUAUUUUUUUAAAUCGUAUAAAAGUAAAUAAAAGCAGUAAUUUACAUAUGCUUACAUGUUGCAUUUUAUGGGAGUUUUAUUAAAAAUAAAUUGUCAGUGUGAUUCUAAUUAAAUUUUAUUAUAUCCAAAAAUAUUUUUACACGUUAUACAUGCUAAUCUUGAAGGAUGAUCACUUCAAUUCCCUGAAGUAAUUGUAAUUAAUAAGUAAUUAAACAAAGAAGAAAUCUAAGUUUCAGAUUGUUAUUGCAUUAACAAAUGGAAGUAUUUGUACCGCAAUGCAAUUGAACUCGAUUGAUUUUUCAUCAGAACCACCUAUACCAAAAUCAAUAUGUGUAAAUAAUAUAGCUAAAUGUUUAUAUCCAUAUUUAACUUAAAAUAAUAGCACUGUCUAUGAAACUGUAGUACUGUACCAAUCAAAUUAUUUAUAUUAUAUAACUAACCACGCAGUGUUAAUAAGGUAUAAGCAUACCUCUAAAAGUUAAGGGAAACCUAAUUUGAAAAGGUGUUCAUCAUUUACUAAGUUUUAAGAGCUAUAAGUCUAUAUAUCUACAUAUAAGUAAAAAUUAAGUAUAUGGCCUGAAUUGAACAUUAUUCUUGGGAACAUUUACAUGUGUAUCUAUUGUCUUUGCAUUUCUGUACAUAGGUUGCACUCUGAACUUCUACUGUGAUCUACAAUAUUUCUAUUAUUUUAAUUCUGUGCCAAAAGAUGAAAUUUGUGACCUGAAGUAUUAUUUUAUUGUAAAAAAUCUGUAAAACUUACUAUUCUGUGAUAUUUGUAUGCUAAAAAUUAUAAUAUAUACAAUCAUUGUAUUAAAUUAUUUUCUUCAUAUGUAUUUACUCAUAU